AUGGAGAGGCCCCUCACCAUCCUGCGUGUGAGCCUGUACCACCCCUCCCUGGGCCCGCACACCUCUGCCAGCAUCCCGCCCUGGCUACAGCACGACACCAGCCCCCUGCUGGUGGGGCGGGGGCAGGACGCCCACCUCCAGCUGCGGCUGCCCCACCUCUCCCGCCGACACCUGUCCCUGGAGCCCUACCUGGAGAAGGGCGGCGCCCUGCUGGUCUUCUGCCUCAAGGUGCUGAGCCGCAGGGGCUGCGUGUGGGUGAACGGGCUGACACUGAGGUUCCUGGAGCAGGUCCCCCUGAGCCCCGUCAGUAGGGUCUCCUUCUCCGGCGUCCAGAUGCUACUCCAUGUGGAGGGAGGCCCCUCCCUGGAGGCCUUCACCUGCUGCUUCCGCCUCAGCCCAUCACCCCUGGUUUGCAGGCCAAAGGCCGAGGAGAGUGACGAAUGGGAGAGCACCUACCAGGAGCAGCCUGCCCCAGGGCCGGGGGCCACAGGUCACCCGCACUUUCCCUGUGGCCCUUCCCAGCCAUGCCCAGGAGGCGGGGCUGAACUCCAGCCCUGGAGAGAACCCCUGGAUGCUGCCCUCUGCUAA